GAACUGUGGUCGGGGUGUUCAGUGAAAGAAGGAAGGAGCGCUGAGCCAACCCCUCCAUUGUCGGUUCACUGCACGUCGCCACUAGACUCAUACAGCAGCUGAGGAACGUGACCACUCCACUGAAGAUGACGGACUUACAAGCUAACUUUGAUGUGGCCGCAGCUGAAGUAAAGCAGCUGAAGGCGAAACCAUCUGAUGAUGAGAUGUUGCUGCUCUACUCCUUGUUUAAGCAAGCCACCGUGGGAGAUGUUAACACAGCUCGUCCUGGAAUGCUGGAUUUUACUGGAAAAGCGAAGUGGGAUGCCUGGGAGAAGCAGAAAGGCAAAAGCAAAGAGGAUUCCAUGAAGGAGUACAUCAAGCUGGUAGAAGAGCUAAAGCAGAAGCAUGGAAUCUAAUCACUGCCAACGAGUCAGGACAGCUGCUGCACAGAUUUGGACUUGGUCCAAUCAUUUCUUCUAAUUGACCUGUUUAAACACCCUUUUAAUAAAGCCGAGGAUCCUCUACUUAUAAUGGUUAAUGUCGGUGACAUGAAGGUCUACUAAUGUUUCAGUGCUGGUUAGAAAUCGCCUUCAACUUGCUUUUUAGUGUUAUUAUAAUGUCCAUUGUCAUUUCAAAAUCAAAUAACUGCACUUAAAACAUGUGUUGUGUACACCCAAACUCCUAAUGUUUCUACUGUCCAGGCCAGCUAACAGCAUAGCCUGGGCCUGAAAAAGAUUGUUUAAUAUGGGCUCGCACUGCUAAUUCUACUGCUAAUGGACAAAUGAAGCUGUCUUUCUCACUUAAAGACGUGGUUGAUAAUACAGCUGAGGAUCCUCUCCUCAUAAUGGUUAUCAAUGGCAUGAAGUUCGAAUGUUGCAAUGCUAGGUAGAAACUGUCGUCAGUUUGCUUUUUAGUGUCUUUACAAUGUCCAUUGUAAUUUCAAAAUAAAAUGACUCCUUAAAAUGUG